AUGCAGAAGCAAAUUCCGGCGGACCUUCAGCUCGACAUCCUGCGUAGGCUUCCACUAGCUCCGUUCAUCGUCCGGUUCCGCUGCGUCAGCAAAUCAUGGCGCGCGCUCCUUUCGGACCCUUCUUUCCUCCGACACAAACUAUUCUUCAUGUCCGAAAAUUCGGAGCACUCUUCUUCUCCGCCGCCGCUAACUAUGAUGAUCAACCACACCUUCGGCGACAUCCUCGUUACACGGUCAGUUUACUCUCUCCACUCCUCCGACACACUCGAACCGCGCCUCGUCGAGGCCGACUUGCCCUUGGAUUUUCGCUACUACUCCGUCGUCGGCUGCUGCAACGGCCUGUUGUGCUUCCAAGAGCGACCGAGAGGGCUGGAGACGAACAUUAAUCUAGUUCUCUGGAACCCGACAACCUCGGAGACCAAGGCUGUUCCGCCUCCUAGUAGUACGCUUUUCGACCGCACUACACAUCAUCAUCAACAACAUGAUGUCAUGCAUCAUCAUGCCCUAGGGUUUGGUUUCGAUCCCGAAACGAAUGACUACAAGAUCGUGAUAAUCGGUCGUAGGGAACGUUUUCGUCGUCGUGGGAAUAAUGGGAUCUACGUGGAGGUAUACAGCUUGAGGAACGAUUCGUGGUCUAAGAAAAUCGAUCAUACUGGUGGUGUUCACGCAUUGUCUUCUCUUCCUGUGCUUUCGCACCCACGGUUUCCUCCAUGUUGCGAGGGGAAGUUGUACUGGUGGAGCAACACGGAUUGGCAAGGGGAGACGACGACUCGUUUCGUGUCGUUCGAUCUGAGCAGGGAAGUUUUUCGAACCGUGGAUGUGGCGAAUCCUGCUGCUAACAACAACAAGGGUUGGUUCGUACAUUCCUUGUUGUUCGUGUUGCCGAGGAACAGGGAGGAUGAUUCGUUGGUCGCGGUUUGUUCCACGGAUAGCCGUGGCUCUUUCGAGGUCUGGGCGUUGCUGAAGUUGUGUGUGCCCGAAUCCUGGACCAAGUUGUUCGCCAUCCCGCGGGCCACGGCUGAGUUCCAGAGUUUCUUCGGGGUUUCGAGGAAUUUCGUGUUUUACUAUUAUGACAUUGGGAUCGAUCGGAUUCUCGUCGCGUAUCAUCUUGCGACCGGAGAAGUUUUCGAGCUUGCCGUGCCGCGUACGAGGCCAAGACCACAGCACGUCAUGGAUCAUGUGCCUUCUCUGCUUUCUUUGACCUAG